AUGGUGUUGGGGUUUGCUGCGUUGCGCUCUGCAGUCAGAGCGCCACUUUACUUUAGGCCUACGUUUUCCGUCAAACCACUUCGGUAUUGCGUGUCAGCUAAUGUUGCUGCGUUGCCAAAGACUUUUAAUGGAUCAGUUGUUCGAGCAUUUUCUGGCGAAGUGAACCGUGCUGAAUUCGAGGAGCGUGUGCUUAAUGUCUGCAAGGCUUAUGACCGUAUAAAUGCUGAGAAGCUGAAUCUUGGUUCUCACUUUAUCAAUGAUCUGGGUUUGGAUAGCUUGGAUCAUAUCGAAGUAAUUAUGGAGAUUGAAAAUGAAUUUGGUCUAGAGAUCCCCGAUGUCGAGGCAGAGAAACUUAUGACACCUGCACAAAUUGUGGAGAUGCUUUACCAGAAGAAGGUUCGAAAGUCAAAGAUAACGUAG